AUGUCUAUUGACGGGACUCCCGCUGGCUGGCCAUUCGACAGCGUCGAGGAGUGGGCUCUUUUCCAGUAUGCGCUUUACCCCGAGCAGGGCUAUUAUUUGGGCUUCGAGCCCUACGAUAGUGACCGGGAUAGGGAAUCAUCCGAAGAAGACUGGGAAGAAUGGAGCAAGAUGCAGAACGCUGAAUUCGAAAAUGAACAUCUUGAUCAUGACCGAGCUACGAACGACCUCCAACAACAACAACAUCACGAUCAAAAUGAUGUAUCGAGCGAAUCUGAAGCACAGGCAGAUGCUGAAAUCGCGGAGUCUAUCGGAAUGAUUGCGCUAGAAGACAAAGUACAGCUCACAAAGACAAUCAAAGACGGCAUUGAUCGUUGCAAGCAAGCUAUGGAAAUCGACAGUGCCAAGUUGAAACAGGAUAUCCAAAAUGCAAACCGAUCUUUCCACGCCGAGAUUGAUUUGAUGAACGAGUGGCACGAGCGCAUCAAGGCGCAAGACCUCAUCUUGGACAAAAGGAAGGAAAUCCACGUUCGCUUGCCUACGAAUCAAGUUAUUACUCCAGCUCACAACGCAUUGGUUGACGAAGAUGCCAAGGAGGGUAUUCUCAUUGCGGAGUCAUUCGGGGCUAUCAAAACAGAGAAAGCGAACAUUCGGGCAAAGCUAGCCAGCCAAGUUGAGAAGGCCGAGGACACUUUCAAAAGAGACUCCGUCACACUCAGCACACAGAUUGAAUGCCUCCGCAAUGUUGCAGAGUCGUCAGGUAUCGACCUUGACACGGGUUUCGACGAGUAUGUCUUUCGCAAACCGGUAAUCGGCGUUCAAUCGUCAACUCAAGUUCAAGGUCCUUCAUCCACUCGGUCGAGGCAAAGCAACACUGCCAACGCAAACAAGGGCCAGGAAUCUACAGUGCCAAUCGUCAGUGUCGUUGAGGAGGACUGCUUCAACUACGGUCGUAUACAAGAGGAGCUCUUUAGAGUAAAUAGAAUAAUCGAUCGAAUCCAGGACGGUGCUUCAAUACCGGAUAUGCGAAAGUUUAUCAAAUACGGCGAGCUGGUCCUUUCCGAACUAGUCCAUCACCGCGAUUCAGCGGACGAAGCAGCAGCCAAAGGGAGACAGGACACGAAGCUCUCCAAGGAAACAGCCCUCGAUGACCUAGUCCACGAACAGGCACGUAUCAAGAAGAUUCACGUUGGCGUCGGUCAUCUUUGGGAGCAUGAUAAUCAGGGCCUCUGGCAAGAGACAUAUGAUCUGUGUCGCGAGGAAAUUGUCAGCGUCAAGAAGGAACUGCAGGCGCUUGAGAACCUUGACUUCAGGUGUGAGGAGAAGGUAAACAAGCGCCAGUGGGACUCUAAGGAGCUUCUUGUCAAGCAGAUCAAGUUCUACAACUCUCUUCUGAGCCUGGCGAAGCGCCAUUUCGCGAACCGUUGA